AUGUGUGGGUGCAAAUCGCAUCAAUUAGCUAUGCAGGUCGAUUCAAUUCUCAUUCUCAACCGAACUUUUCACCUCACUUUCACCUCACUUUCACCUCAACUUUCUGCGAUGUCCGCCAAGAAUGUCAUGGUCAAAUUGAUCGUGGGAGCUGGCCAGGCCGCGCCCGCCCCCCCAGUGGGUCCGGCGUUGGGUUCCAAGGGUGUCAAGGCCAUAGAUUUUUGCAAAGAGUUCAAUGCGAGAACCGCCAAUCUUCAACCCGGCACUCCAGUUCCAUGUCUUUUGACGGUGAAACCCGACCGUACGUUCACGUUUGAGAUGAAGUCGCCGCCCACGUCCUGGCUCUUGUUCAAGGCCGCCAACGUAACCAAAGGAGCAGAUAAACCAACUCAUAAUCAUGUAGGAGAAGUGUCGUUGAAGCAUAUAUACGAAAUAGCCAAGAUCAAAAAAACCGACGAUAGACACAAGGAGGUUGACUUGAAGGCGAUCUGUGGAGCGGUGAUCCUGACGGCAGAGGCGGUAGGAAUCAAGGUGGUGAAGUAA